AUGGGUCAGAAAGUUUCCUUGGGCAUCAUUGGCAGGUGGAUCCGAAAUUGUAUAGCGGAAGCAUACCAGUCUUCUUCUCUGCCGACUCCAAGUCAUCUCACUGCCCAUUCCACUCACAGUGCUGCAACCUCUGCGGCUUGGGCCACUCAGACAUCCAUUGAGGAGAUUUGCAUGGCUGCGAUAUGGGCCUCGCCUUCUCCAUUUGUACGUCACUACAAGAUUGACCGUUUUGCUUCGGCGGACACCUCCUUUGGCUACUUGAUCUCAAGAGAAGGCAGACAGAGAAAACCCAUUGGUGGAUUCUCCAUCUCCGUACUGAGAAAAGGCGUUCAGGUACGGACACUCUUUGUCAGUGGUCUGCCCCUGGAUAUCAAACCUCGAGAGCUCUAUCUCUUGUUCAGGCCAUUCAAGGGGUAUGAAGGUUCUCUUAUUAAACUCACUUCAAAGCAGCCUGUAGGUUUCGUUAGCUUUGAUAGUCGCUCAGAAGCAGAAGCUGCUAAGAAUGCCUUGAAUGGAAUUCGUUUUGACCCAGAAAUCCCUCAGACGCUCCGACUAGAGUUUGCAAAGGCCAAUACGAAGAUGGCUAAGAGCAAAUUAGUGGGAACUCCUAAUCCCAGCACUCCUGCUACCCCCAAUGCAGUACCUCAGUUCAUUACCAGAGAGCCAUAUGAACUCACAGUGCCUGCACUUUACCCCAGUAGCCCUGAAGUGUGGGCGCCGUACCCUCUCUACCCAGCGGAGUUAGCACCUGCUCUACCUCCGCCUGCUUUCACCUACCCUGCUUCACUGCAUGCCCAGAUCCGCUGGCUCCCUCCCUCAGAGGCUACUUCUCAGGGCUGGAAGUCCCGUCAGUUCUGCUGAAUCCUGUGUAUCAGGUGUGUGAUGGCGGCUACACUCUGUCUUGUGGGUAUUAAUGCAUUCUUCCAAAGUCGCUACUGGGGUCUUACCUUCAUCUUCCAAAUUGCAGUGUGGUCGGCUUAAAAAAAAACAAAACCCUCACACGAGCGUGGAUUCCUUCAAGACUUUGCCACAGCCUCUAUCACACAUCUUCUUAAAAAUAAAAUAGAAAGUAUUGAAUAAUAAUGGUAAUGAUAAAAACGCCAAAUCCAGUCUAAAAACAUCUGGUUGACUAUGCGAUGAACCAUAAUAAUAAUAAUAUGUUCUUCUACAUUGUAUAAAAGCUUAAGAGUUUCAAUUCUAUAAGCAUGAAUGAAUUUCUGGUUUGAAAAAAUUAUUUUCAAGCAGAGCAGCAAAUAAGUAUUUUUUUAUACCAAGCAUUUUAAGUAAGAAGACUUUACUUUCGGCGGAAGAACUGAUUACUGUAUAUGUUUGACUUUUAAAUAUGUGUAAUCUCCUUUUCCUACCCUUUUAAGAUGCAUGUUCAAGGCAUGUUUUUAAAUCUGGUUCAGAUUUUUUAAAAAGUGUAUUGUUUGAAAUGCACAGACAUUUUGGUUAUCAGGUUUUGGUGCCUGAGAUGGUGUGUUUUAACUAUAUGAAGUGUAUUCUUGUAGUACUUAUUUUUAUGUUUUGCCUAAUUGUGCCAAAUUAUAUUGAGCAAGACAAUCAGCAAUAUAAUAGCUUUUUCAUGAUUGUAACAGUUGGUGCGCUGUACAUUAGCGGUGCCUGAUCGCUAGUUCCUGCUGUAUUUUUUCCCCCUCUAUAUUUGGAUACGCAAUUGCGUGGGAAUAAGUAGUACACAGUAGAAAGUAGAAAGGAUAUUAUGAAUGAAAAUGUGCAGUCAUAAUUAUGAACAUUUCUGCAACUGUGUCUAUCAUAGUAUACCACUUCUCUUCAGAUAAAUAUAUCUCAUGCAACUGUGUGUAUUAUUUGGAAAAAGGAAAAAAAAGCCUGGUAUUUGUGAGAACCCAUCCUGGAUGGCAAAGCUGCCCAGGAAGUUAUGUAUUCUAAAUCAAGUUUCUAACACAUACCAUCUACUUUUAUAAGAACGUAUACACCGUGUGUGUAUGUAUGUGUAUCUUUGGAAGGUAGGUUAGUUUUGUGUUUUUUUGUUCUAGAUGUAAAGCAAAUUGUUGUUAAACAUAUUCUUGGGGAAGGUAAGAGGUGAUUGGAGCACUGAUCCAGAAAACUGAACUUCAGUUGUUGAUCCCAGCACCUCAUGCCUAUAAAAAAUGCCAAAGUUGUUUUUUUUUUCUGAAUCUGGUUCUAAUGAAAUGGCCACCUUUGGGGCAUUUGGCUUGCCAGCUAUUCUUGUUUUUUCCCAGGUAAUCUCAGUAGCUGGCAUAUGUAGUCAGCCCCAAAUCUAUGCACUGGUUCCAGAUAGUGGUUUUUGAGGUGGCAGCAGUAGCAGCCCCAGGUAAAGAAUUGCCUUCAGGGCCUGAACUUCCUGCUGCCCAUUUUUAAAUAACUUUUCAGCUUCACCUACUGUAAAUCUGGGCUCUUGGGAAAAAAAGAGAAGAAAAGAUAAAGCUGCCUCUCUAGGAACAAAGCAAUACUGGGAAUGGUUUCAGGCACAACCUGCCAAGGAAAAGCUGCUUCAAACUUUCCACUUUCUUGAAGUUUAUCUUUAGGAGCCAGAUAAUGGCUAUAGACAUAUGACAUUACCCAGUCUGGUUGGACUUUAGUGCUGCAAUGGGACUCUAGAACCGCUUUUUUUUUUUUUAAAGGUUGCUUUCUUUCUAUUGAAGAGAAAAAAAAACUCUCCCAUAGAUCAGCUUUAGCUCAGGUGUGACUCACAAAUUCAGCUGUAGCCAAAGGCUGCACCUCUUAGAAGCUAAUGACCUGAAUUAUUAAAGUUUUUCUAAUCUGCUUCCUGUUUCCACUUUACGUGGAUAUGUGGUCUGUUGAAUUGAAUAGGGCUUGCUUCUGGGUGCAUAAGAGUGCACCCUGCAGUUCUUUGGGCAGCUAGGAAUGCAGUUACCUAGGGCAUAGUAUAGCCCAUAGUAUAGCUCUGCUAGCCCAGAGAUUUUACAAUAGUGAUUCUGCUGGCUUGCUCAGUAGAGAAGCCCAUAGGGUUAAGUAGGAUCAAAUUUUCAUGAAGCAGCCUCUCUGCCAGGAUUAUUAUCGCUUAUCCUGAAAUAAGAUAAAUUAUUUUGUAAGAAAUAUAAAUUAUACAUCAAAAAUGUAAUUGCAAGGGGGUUGCUUGGCAUGUCCUCCUCUCAAUGUGAUGCAGCUGCUACUCCUGAGAGUUGUACUCUGAACACAUCAGAAGAGUCCCAGGUUGGAACUGAAAAAUGCCCAUUAUUAAGCAAACAAUAUGGAUAAAUUGAACAAAUUUAAAAUGUAACUGUAGGUGGUUAAACAACCCUAAAAAUAUUUGUGCUGGAUUGUUUCACAAAACAUUUGACUUUUUCUCUACGGCCUUUUACUGGCAGUGACUGAAUUAUACAAUGCUUCCAAUUUGUCUGAUUUUUUUAAAAGAAAAAAAAUUGUUCAAAGAUACUUUUCUAUUAUAAUUUUCUAAAAAUAAAAGUAAUGAAUAAAAUAAAAA